AUGGAAGUAUCCCAAUUUUUUUGGUUCAUUUUGCCUAUAAUUCCAAUCAUAUUUUUUGUGCACAAGCUCAUCAAGUCGAAAGCCAGCGGCCCUGCAGUGGGAAAGAAUAAGGCUCCUCCAGGUGGAAGGUAUAUCUCGGAAUCCUUGAUUUAUUACUCCAAGUUGAAAAAAGGGAUGCUGUAUGAAUUCAUGAAAGAAAGAAUGGACAAAUUCUCUGCCAAGAUUUUCAGCACAUCACUGGCUGGGCAGCCCGUGGUGGCGCUUUGCGGGCCGGAAGGAAACAAGUUUCUGUUCUCUAAUGAGAACAAGCUGGUGAAGUUAUGGUGGCCGGCGACCCUUGAAAAGCUUCUUCCCAUGUCAGAUAAUCAGCCAGCCAGGGAACACUUGAAAGGGAUCAGAAAAUCUGUUCUUUUAUUCUUUCUCAAACCCGAUGCGCUGCGCGAGUACGUCGGCACCAUGGAUGCGGUGAUGAAGCAACAUCUGGAGACGCAUUGGGCCGGAAAAGAUCAAAUCAAAGUGGUGGACAUCGCAAACAUGUACACUUUAGCUUUAGCCUCUAAUUUCUUCUUGGGAAUGGACUACCAAAAUAAUAUCGAAAUGGAACAACUUGUGGAAGGAAUGGAUGAGAUAGAGUCUGCUAUCUUUGGGUUGCCAAUCAAUCUGCCAGGGACAACAUUGAAUCGUGGAAUCAGGGCAUCCCGGAUUUUGCGUUCAAAAAUGGAGGAAAUCAUCCAGAGGAGAAAGGCUCAUCUUCUUCUUCCUCCCCGGAAGGACUUCAUAUCACAUUUCCUAACCGCAGUAGAUGAGAAUGGUGAAUCCUACAAGGAUUCCGACAUUGCUACCCUUUUGGUAGGUAUGCUGGGAGCUUCCUCCACCACUUUCAAGCUUACAAUCACCAUGGUCAUGAAAGUUCUUGCUGAUAUGCCCAAUGUUUAUGAAUCUCUCCUUAAAGAACAAUUGGAAAUUGCACAAUCAAAAGGACCAACAGAGAAACUUAGCUGGGAUCACAUAAGGAUGAUGAAGUAUUCAUGGAAUGUUGUUUGUGAAGUAUUGAGACUAUACCCAUCAGGAGUUGGUGGUAUCAAAGAGGCUAUGACCGAUUUCACAUACGAAGGAUACACAGUCCCAAAGGGUUCCAAGAUACUUUGGAGUUUGCAUGCGACCCACAGGAAUCCAAAGUUCUUUGAAAAUCCAGACAAGUUUGAUCCAACAAGAUUCGAAGGAGAUGGUCCAGCACCUUACACGUAUAUUCCAUUUGGUGGAGGAUCUCGUAUGUGCCCUGGAAAUGAGUAUGUAAGACUCGCAAUACUCACUUUUAUACACUAUGCGGUCACUAGGUUUGAAUGGCAGAAACUGAUUCCUGAAGAGGAGAUAUUACACCAUCCACUUCCUCACCCAGCUCAAGGAUUGCCCAUUCGUUUAUCUCCUCGCCAAUUCUGAUCGCAGUCGAGAAUCACUUUUAAGGAAUAUUAAUCUACUCCAUCCAUCAUUCCGAUAUUAUUCAUAUACGUGUUACUCUGAAAUAAGACAUUACCUCUUUUGUAAGACUGAUAGAGCACUUUCAGUUCACAUGUGUGCAGGUGCAACUUUUUCUUUUCUUUUCAACUAGACAAUUGAUGAUUUGGGAACACUCUGCACUCAUACUGUAUGCCGCUGGAAUGUUAUCAAAGCA